AUUUGAAUUUGUUAAUAAACCCACAGGCACAACAGUAAUUAAAUAAACUAUUUGCAAGGAAACGCAAAAAUUAUUGCGAGGUAACGCAAAAGUAAAAAAAUAAAAAAUAAAAAAAAAUAACAUUUCCCAAGCAAACAGCUUCCUCAGUAGCAGGAGGGACUCAUUCAGAGGCGGUGUGUUCGUAGGACUUCUACAUAUAUGAUGUUUGUGACAUGAUGAUGUUAUGGCGGAACCUGUCUUUCCAGAAGCUUCUGUUUCUUGACGUGAUGGUUUGAGUGACGGACCAGAAUUUCCUUUUUGAAAAACUGUUCCGAAUGGAGAUAUUUGGAAGCACAUUUGAUGACUCUGUAUUUUCGGAGCCCAGGGAGCGAGUUUGUGAGUCUCUGUCGUCUUUCACCGCCAAGCUGUGUGAAGCAGAGUGGUUUUGUGAGAGCUCUUCUUCAGACACUGAUGAUGCUUUGGAGAAACAGAAAGUGUUAAAGUUCAGAGGUGACUUGGCACUGAGACGAGGGAACUAUCAGGGAGCUUUGGAGGCGUACAGCAGCUGCCUACAGUGGAUCUCUGACAACAACCUGAGCAUCAGGAGAGAUGUUCUGGAAGGAAUGGCUCGAUGCUGCACCAAGCUGGGACAGAAGGACAAGGCACUGGACUUGGCUGAGUUGCUGAGCAAAGAAGCCUCCAACACCUGCCACCUGACCAGCCUCUUGCUGCUGAAGGUCAGCAUCUAUCAGCAUUUUGAAACCACGAGGUCAGCGAUGUCCUGUCUGCAGCAGCUCUGUAGCCUGCUGCCUUUUAACCCCUGGCACUGGUUCAGUCUGGGACAGAUGUGUUUGCAGCUGCUGGACAGCGACACGACCACAGAAUCAGCAGCAGGGCCUGAGGAGAACCAAGAGGAGACUGCAGAGCUCAAGGAGGACCAGAUCUGGCUCAAAGCUUGCAUCUGUUUCAUCAGAACAAGACUCCUGCUGAAAAUCCUUCAGCAGCAGCAGUCCUCCUUCGUGUUGCAGCACAGUGAGAAGGUUCUACAGACAACAGAAGAGGCCUUACAGCGGCUGGAUCCUACAGAAACCACACUGCAGGCUCUCACUCAGGUCAUGUCGGAGGACCUGGUUUCAGAGAAGAUGAGGGAAGACUUCCAGGAUGGGGAGAGUCUGCUCAGUGUACAUCUGCAGAGUUUCAGAGAGCGCUGGUGGAACAAGAUUUUACUGACUGGUUUAUUGGAGACCCACCAGCUACCAGAAACAUCUUAAUGCUGCACAGAAGUCAGCCGAUUGUAGAGGACUGAAAAUAAAACACAUACAGUAUUUUUUUUUUACCUAUAUUUACGUAAAAUCUUAAAAAAAUUAAAAUCACAAAUAAACCACGGUGUAAUGGGUAUUUUUUAUGUUUUAAAUGUUUCACCGCUCAUGAAAGAUUGUGAACUGUGUACCUUAUUCUGUGGCAAAUUUCAAGACUUUUCCAUUUUUCACACCAGGAAAGUCCUUUGGUCCACAACCAAAAGUGGACUUUAUUUUUUUGUUUUGUUGUUUUUGUUUGCAUUCUUAUUGUGGUUUUUUUUUUACAAGUAGACUAAUUUAUAAAGCCAUGCAGGUGACGGUCAUUGCUCCCAUUGAUAAGGCAGAAAUGAUUGGGGGUUGGGGUGUCAGAGCACAGAACCUAAAACAAAGAAGGUGCUGUUAAUACAAAUUAGGGCUGCCACAAACGAUUAUUUUUAUAAUCUAUUAAUC